CGCUCUGUUUUGCCCCCCUCCCCUCCCCUCCCCGCGUGCCAUGGCGUCGCGAGACCUGAUCGGGCCGGCGCUUCCCCCGCAUUUGGCCUCCUCCGCCGCCGAAGCCGACCCCGACGGAGACCCCGGGCAAGCUGCAGGACCAGCAUUACCUCCUGGUUACAAAAGUAACCCAGAAAUACACAAUUGUGAUCAGGAGAGCAACCCCAGUUCUGUGCGAGGAGAAGAGGUUUCAAAUUCAGAAGAUGAUGAAGAUGCAAGUCCAACACCCAGGAAACAGAGAAGAUAUCAGGAAGACGAUGAUGAUGGAUUCUUUGGCCCUGCCCUUCCUCCUGGCUUUAAAAAACAAGAUCAGUCCCCAGAAAGGCCUAUUAUAGGUCCUGCUUUACCACCUGGAUUUAAGAAUGAAGAAAACAGAAGUUACAUGGAUCAGAGUACAGACAGUGAAGAAGAAGAAGAAGCUGUGAUUGGCCCAAUGCCUCCUAGAGAGCCAGUAGACUCAAAUAUAACGACAGAAAUCGAACACAGGGCACAGAGAAUGAAAGAGAAACUUCUUGGUCAAGAUGAUGAUGGGUCCAAACAAGUUAAAAGGGAGUCUUGGAUGACAGAGCUUCCGCCAGAGCUCAAAGGCUUUGGACUUGGCCCGCGAACAUUCAAAAGAAGAACUGAUGAAAAAUCGGGAGAUAGAUCGAUUUGGACAGAUACUCCAGCUGAUAGAGAGAAGAAAGCAAAUGAACUGAAAGAUGGCAAAAAACCUGUCAAUAAGGAUGAGGCAGAAAUACUCUUUUCAGAGAGAGACAAAAGAUUGGUCGAGCAAUUGUCCUCAUACAAUGAUUCUCAGAGAUCGGAAUCUCUUAUGGAUAUGCACCAGAAAAAAUUAAAAAGCAAAGCCGCAGAAGAAAAGGAUAAACCCAAAGAGAGAAGGCCUUUUGACCGUGAUCAGGAUCUCCAAGUUCAUCGGUUUGAUGAAGCACAAAAGAAAGCGCUUAUAAAACGAUCUAGAGACUUGAAUACUAGAUUUUCCCAUGGCAAAUGCAAUAUGUUUCUGUAAUAAAAAAUAUGAGAUGAUACCAAAGUAUAGUUGGGGACUCUCAAAUCUCAAAUACAAAAAAAUGCUCUGUAUAUACAACAUAUACAUGUGAAGUACAUUUCAUUUCAAUCAAAAAUCUGAAACCUAUUCAGAAUGCCUAUAGUCUGUUCAGUUACUUCAGAAACAGAUAAAAGAUGUAUGAUUAAUCGUCUAAAAGCUUUCUGAAAGUAAUAGUCCUAUUAAAAUGAGCAAUCAAAUAAAAAAUAUUCACAGUUGCUCUCCUAAAUACAUUUUGAGAAAAUAAUUGUCUCUAGGUCAAA